AUGUUAUCGAGUCUAUACCAUACCCUCUUUACCAUCGCCUUCUUCUCAGAUGCGUGCUGGGCGUAUGCGGUGGUGGCGAAUGUAGAGGCGGCAUACGGCAUUGCAAAGCAGCAGAGCGCUCCCCGGCUGGCAGUGGAGGCGCUCUUUGCACUCAUGGGGCUCUCCGACUCCGACAAGUGCUCCACUGGCGGCUCCCCCACCCACGCCUUUGAGACGCUCGUGGCUCUCGAUGCCUCCAGUGGACUUAUAGGGGAUAGCGACCCGGCAACAAAGUACCCGGUGCAGGCGUUUGAGCGAGCGAAGUUCAAGGGUUAUGUGGGGCUCAUGCUGGCAGUGCAGCGGCAGCCAGUGGUGGUUCACAUCGAGGCGUCUCCAACCUUCAUGCAGUAUGAUGGGGAUCCUGGUUGCUACACGGGCAGUCUCAACCAUGUUGUACUCGUUAUUGGCUACUUCAUCACAAGAAAUGAUGGCAGCCAGAACCGCAUUGCUCCUCCGUUUUGGAUCAUCCGAAACUCGUGGGGAGAGGAUUGGGGCAACAGGGGCCACAUGCGCAUGGACAUCCAGGGAGGGGAUGGCGUCUGUGGCAUCAACGUGCUGCAUGGCAUCUACCCCAUUGUCAAGAUUCCAGGGGACCCCUGUGGAGAAAGCAGCUACAAGGGCGAUGGGGAUUCGCAGCCCAGCAUGAACCCGUGUGGCCGGUUCCAGUGCCAGGGGACUACAGCAAGCAGCAACAACUGCACCUGCAAUAUUCCCACCGCUACCGUGCAGCCUUUUGUGGAAGUUACGAAUGGAAUUGGCUCCACAUGUGCUUAUGCUAACACCACGGCCACCACAAUGACAGACAGUGGAGACAACUGGUGGUGCUCGGAUGUUCAUCCGCUUGUUGGCCUUGCACUCGCUGACUUCACUGACCAAAAUAGAGGCAUUGACUGCAGCCAGCCAUUGCCCAAGGGCAGUGUCCUUCAGCUGGCUGGUACUCCCGCCACACCCUGCACUGCCUUCUUCUACUCCCUCAAUGUGAGACCUGCUGCUUUCUUGCCCACACCACAACAUGCACUCGACCAAAUCACCACAUCGCUCAACUUCAACUACGGAAGUCUCACCACACUCAACCCCGGCCUUGACUGCUCCAACCCCAUCAAGGCGGGCCGCUCAGUGUGCCUCGAGCGCAGUGCUGCCUUCGCCUUCACCGUGCCUGAGUGUGUGAGAUACGGCACGCUCACACCUCAAGUCACGUGCGAGCAGCUGCUUCAGAGGACCAGCAAUUCACAAGGGGGUGCCAGUGCCAGUGAGAAUCAAUGGGCUGCGCUGUACCGCAACAAUCCCGGCCUCACUUGCUCUGCCACCAUCCCUUCCUCUGCCUCCGCUAUCGGCAGCAACAUCGGUGUGCAGGGCAGAGUAUUGGUCGUUCAUGAUGGGUGCAUGCAAGAAGGGUAG